CAAUUGGCCGCAUCACUGCAUCGCCCAUCAACCCAUUUCACAGAAAAGGGAGACACCCCACCAGUAUCCUUCUCUGCAUCCAACCACAAUCACCAUGUCGGCCCAGCAGAGCCACACCAAGACGAAGCCAAUGGACGAAUCCACGCCCUCAGAUAAUCCAAAGAGGCAAAAGGCGUCUCCUCCCAUUAGUCUGCUCUUGGAUCGCAAAGAUAUUUGGGUCAAUGACAUUCUUCCAUGUGUCGGCAUGGGACAGUAUGCCUUUGCCGGUGCUGUCAACAAGCAAAUGAAGGGCAUGUACGAGACAUAUUGUGAGACUGUCAAGAAUCCUCCAACUGUCAUGGAAGAAAAGGAAGGAACCUACGAAGGAAUACGUGUCGAAAAACGAAGGGCCAACAGCAAAGACACAAUCCACAGUGCGACAUUCUCCACUGUGGCAUGUGCCAAACACUGGCACAAUUCCAACAGUCCAUUCCCGAGUCGCUACAAUAUAUGUCAGGUCAUUGCCAGAGUGGGAAAUCUCGCCGUGAUCCAAUGGGCCCGGAACAUGGGACUGCCGUGGGGGAAUCUCUGUGUGGGUGCCGCCAAAGGAGGGCAUUUGCACAUUUUACAGUGGGCCAGAGAACAGAUUGGCUGUGAUGAUUGGAAUACAGAGACAUGUGCCGUGGCAGCCGCCGGUGGACAUUUUGAGCUUCUCAAGUGGGCGCGAGCCAAUGGUUGUCCUUGGGACAGUAGGACAUGUGCCAAUGCCGCCCAAGCGGGUCAUUUUGAGAUUCUCAAAUGGGCCAGACAACACGGUUGUCCUUGGGACAGCUGGACAUGUACAUUUGCUGCCGAGCAGGGGCAUUUGGAUAUCCUCCAGUGGGCCAGAGAAAAUGGCUGUUCUUGGGAUUCCACAACAUGCACCCGUGCAGCCGCCAAUGGGCAUUUGGAUAUCCUCAAAUGGGCCAGUGAAAAUGGAUGUUCGUGGAAUGCCGAUGUAUGUGCCAAAGCAUCCAUUGGUGGCCAUUUAGCAACACUCAAGUGGGCUAGGGAAAAUGGCUGCCCUUGGAGUAAAACAACCUGUGAUAAUGCCGCCAAGAAGGGCCAUUUGGAGAUCUUGAAGUGGGCUAGAGAGAAUGGAUGCAAUUGGGAUGCAGGGACAUGUACUGCGGCUGCCAGCAAUGGCCGUUUUGAGAUCUUGAAGUGGGCCAGAGAAAAUGGCUGUCCUUGGAAUGAAGUAACAUGUUGGGCUGCUGCUCUUGGUGGGCAUUUGAAAGUGCUGCGAUGGGCCAGAGAACAUGGCUGUCCCUGGGAUUCCAGGACAUGCGCAAAAGCUGCCGAAGGGGGGCAUGCAGACGUACUCAAGUGGGCAAGAGCAAAUGGAUGUUCAUGGGGCUCUGAAACAUGUGCUGCGGCUGCUGGCAAUGGAAACCUGGAAAUGCUCCAGUGGGCAAGAAAAAAUGGUUGUCCUUGGGAUCGCUGGACAGUUGUGCGUGCACGACACAAUAACCAAUUGGAGGUUGUCAAGUGGGCUCAAGAACACGGAUGCCCUGGUGAAAUCCAUCACUAUCCUCUACUGGGUGGGUUCUUUUAUUGAUUAGAAAACUAAGCUUUCACACUGAUUGCUAUUAGACAAUAUUCAAGUAUGCU